ACAACAAAAAAUCCCACCUAUGCGACAGUAAUACUUCCCUCCCUUCAGCUUCUGCAACAUUUAAAACCACUGACGUACCUUUUCAUCAUCAGAGGAGCAGUGAGGAAGCGCGUUCAGGCAGGGCACCACUCAAAUCCUGCAAAAUAAAACAAACCCAAAAGGAGCAGCUGACAACAGGAGCAUACAGCUUGGCAGCUUACAGAGUCGACAAGAGCUUCUCCAGGACCAGAACCUUGUGGAAACAAGAUGGAAGGAUUCCUCGUAUCUCUGAUGAAGUAGAGCCCUCACUAGCACACUCCCACCCUCCAUUUCCUCUUCCCGCACUUUCAGAGGGUUGCAGAAUGGAUGAGCAGAGAUGCUCCCUCCCUCCCCCCCUCAAAACAGAGGAGGACUACAUCCCUUAUCCCAGCGUUCAUGAGGUUCUGGGGCGCACCAGCCCUUUUCCACUCAUCCUGCUGCCCCAGUUCGGAGGCUACUGGAUCGAGGGGACCAAUCAUGAGCUUAAAGACCCACCAGAGGCUGAUAAACCCCCCUGUCCCACCUCCCACAUCAAACUGGAGACGAACAGCACCGCCAAGAUCUACAGGAAACAGUUCAUGGGCAAGGAACACUUUAAUUAUUACACCAUGGAUGCUGCCCUGGGCCACUUGGUCUUUUCCAUGAAGUAUGAUGUCAUUGGGGAUCAAGAGCAUCUGCGCUUGAUGCUUCGCACAAAACUAAAAACCCACCACGAUGUGAUUCCCAUUUCCUGCCUUACCGAGUUCCCCAACGUGGUUCAGAUGGCCAAGCUUGUUUGUGAAGAAGUAAACGUGGACAGGUUUUAUCCAGUCCUCUACCCAAAGGCAUCAAGGCUUAUUGUCACCUUUGAUGAGCAUGUGAUCAGCAACAACUUCAAGUUUGGGGUUAUUUAUCAAAAGUUUGGCCAGACGUCAGAAGAGGAGCUGUUUGGGAACAUGGAAGAGAGUCCUUCCUUUGUCGAGUUCUUGGAGUUUCUGGGCCACAAGAUUGAGCUUCAUGACUUUAAAGGGUUUCGGGGUGGGCUGGAUGUCACUCAUGGACAGACGGGGAUAGAAUCCGUCUACACGAGUUUCCAUAAUAAGGAGAUUAUGUUCCAUGUGUCCACCAAGCUGCCUUACACAGAGGGAGACUCACAGCAGCUGCAGAGGAAGAGGCACAUAGGCAACGACAUCGUAGCCAUCGUGUUCCAGGAGGAGAACACGCCUUUUGUCCCGGACAUGAUCCAGUCCAACUUCCUGCACGCGUACGUGGUGGUGCAGGUGGAGAACGCGUGUACGGACAACGUCACCUACAAGGUGUCUGUGACAGCGCGGGAUGAUGUACCGUUCUUUGGACCUGCUCUGCCUGACCCUGGCAUCUUCAAAAAGGGCCCUGAGUUCCGGGAGUUCCUCUUCACCAAGCUCAUUAAUGCAGAGUACGCCUGCUACAAGGCUGAGAAGUUUGCCAAGCUUGAGGAGCGAACACGUUCAGCCCUGCUGGAGACUCUGUACGAGGAGCUGCACAUCAACAGCCAGUCUAUGAUGGGUCUGGGUGGAGACGAGGAGAAGCUGGAGAACGGAGCCGGUGGAGGGGGAGGAGGCUUCUUUGAAUCCUUCAAGCGGGUCAUCCGCAGCAGAAGCCAGUCUAUGGACGCCAUGGGCCUCAGUAACAAGAAGUCACACACAGUCUCCACUAGUCACAGUGGCAGCUUUACCCACAAUCCCGCAGAGAGCCCCAAAACCCCGGGGAUUUCAUUGCUUGUUCCAGGGAAAAGUCCCAGUAAAUAUGGACGCCGAGGCAGUGCCAUAGGGAUAGGAACCAUAGAAGAGUCAUUGAUCAUUCCUGGGAAAAGCCCAACCAGGAAAAAGUCUGGUCCCUUCAGCUCCCGCCGCAGCAGCGCCAUUGGCAUCGAGAACAUCCAGGAAGUCCAAGAGAGGAGCCGAGAGGUGUCACCCAGCGCCCAGAGAACACCAGAGGGCUACCACUUUUCACAGGAAAACAAGUCAGACAACUCGUCCAAUCACAGCUCUCCAGAAUUCCUUGCUACUAAGAACAGUUUGGUGAUGUGUUGCAGGGCGCCGUCCAUCCCCGAGGCUCAAGACCUUUCCCGCUCCUCGUCUAACGCCAGCAGCUUCGCCAGCGUGGUGGAGGAGCAUGAGGCGGAGGACGAGUACGACACUGGACUGGAAAGUGUGUCAUGUGUAACGCCACUCAAGGGAGAGUCGUUUGUGUACAGCUCUGCAGCGGAGGACAGUGCGUGCAGUACCAGCCAGGGAAGUUUUCCAGCAGCUUCUCGUCUUCAGCAGCAACCGGACGGAGUGAAGACGUCGGAGCCGAAAGGGACAGACAGCCGGCCCAAGACAGAGCGCCCCUCGCAGGAGCACAAGUUCUCAUCGAACUGUUAGCCACAAUCCUGAUCACUGCAUCAACGUCCAUUUUCAGCAUCCCCAUAGGAGGCAUCUUUUGCCAAAAAUGAGCCAAGGGCAUGUGAACUCCACCACUGAGGCAGAAGAGGAAGCGGACUUAGAAGCCGGAUCGAGAGACUGACAGAUCUUCCUUUGUAUGUUUGGCAUGGAUCUGCUGCCUGUCAUGACAGACACACAGCUCCAUGGACAUGUAUCGCCCUCAUUCCGCCUCCAUGUGGAAACUCCUUAAAUGCUCAAACAGAAAAGGUUAAAAAAAAAAAAAAAACCUCCCAUGCCCAUGCAGCAUCAGUCGUGACUGUCAUCCGUCAGCUGGCUGGGAUAAAUCUGUCUGCCUGCUCAUUCUUCAGGCCAGUAAGCUCUGAGACCUGAUUCUUACUGUAAACACUCAAAUAGUGCGUGUCCUCUUAAACAGAUCAGGAUUUGAAACUGGGGUUUAAUCUUGUGACUAAAAGAGUGAAGAAUCAAACAGCUGGUGUCUGUUUAGUCUAUAGAGAAGAGAGUUGCACUAGAGAGGGAAAUGUUUUUUUAAUGUCAACCUCACACCCCACUGUGAUAAUGUACAUGGGUUAAACUUUAAUGUACCGUGUGUUUGGCUGUCUGUCAGGCCACUUUUUGUGUUUUAUUGAUGAUCUAUUCUUCUUCUUCUGAGUAUUCUGCCGUGGAUAUUUGUCAUGUUUUACGACAGCUUGGGUAAAUCUGUCAAUGUUGUUGGUGGCUGUGAUAGCAUCGUCUUCCUCUUAGGUGGGGGAAGGUGUGAAAUAUACCACAGAAAAAUGCAUCUGCAGUUUUCUAAAAUCAGAAUCUUAUUGUAUAACAGUAAAUCUGUAGAAAAAAAAGGAAUAUUUUAACAUAACUGUAGACGAUGCUAAAGGC